AAAACAACAACAAAAAAACAAUAUGGAGGCACGUAGCAUUCACAAAAGGAAACAUGGAAAUAAAAGGGCACCUACUACGCACUUGUGGGUCUUUUUGUUUUUAUGUCUACACUCCAGUGUAUGCAUUUCAUAUAUUUUUUAUGAAAGGCUUUUAAAUAAAUGUUUAAAGUGAUUAAACACUUACACAGACUGACUUAUGGGUGGUAUAUUCAAUUUCUGUAUGUAUGUAGUAUUUUCAAUAAAAAAUAAUGCACACAUUAAAUGAUACACCAAUACACAAAACAAAAAAGAGAAAAGAUUAUUGGAAAAAAAAGAGGCAAAUAUUGGCAUCUACCUCUAAUUUGAACAAUAACAUGGUGAUGUGGGCCUUUAAAACAAAUAAGGCAUGAAUCCUGUCUUGUGUCAAAGAUGCCCUAAAUACUGUUCACAGCUCAUAGUAUCAUAAGAGUGUUGCAGGUGGUCUUGUGAGCAUAUGACUCAUACAUGCUGUUCAUGAAUUAUGUACAAGAGUUUGUUUUCCUGAGCAGAUUUGCGAUUUGGUGUAUGACUGAAUGCAGGGACCGAUUCAUUACCAAUGAGUCUAUUGUUUGUCUGUGUGUGUGUGUGUGUAUGUGUACGUGUCUGAUAAUCAGAGCCUGGCAACCUGCUGCACCAUCAGAUGCUCAGCUGGACCUACACCCCCUCCCCACCUGCACUACUGAUCCACAGGAGGCUGGUAGGGGAAAUAUGAGCUCACAGGAUGAUUCACUUUCCUCUGAUGUUUUUUUUUCCUUACUGAUUUGAUAUAAUAACAACACAGCUUUAGGAAAUACUGACAUAAUUUAGGCUGCCUCAUCUUGAGACGUUACUUGUUCCAUGGGAGCCACACAAAUAGUCUCUCUUAUUACAAUGUUAGAAAGAGCAGAACUUGUAAUUUUAGAGCAUCACUUCCAGGGCCAGUAAUUGGAGAACUGUACUUGUUUUGGAAACACAUACGGAAGAGUAUUAGGGCCCUCUAGGAAAAGAGACUAAAGUCUGAAUUCAUGCUUGUUGUUUUUAGUUUUUUUUUACUUUCUUUCAAAAAACGUUUUAAUACUCUUCUGUACAGUUAAAUUUUGUUAUCAAUUUGAUUAAGUGACUCUUUGGCGUAAACUGGUGUAUUAUCAGGAAAAUGGACUAGAUCAGAACAAUGAACACUGAACUUUUGUUUUGCAUUUCUGUUUACAUAUCUUAGCUGACUGUUUAUUUAUAUUAUUUAUUGGUUUGUGUAAGGGUGUGUGUGUGCGUGUGUGUCUGUACUAUAUGUAAAUAUUUUUAGGGGUUUCUUCUUUUGUGAUGGGUUAUCUGUCCCCUUAAAAACACUUGUUGGAGCUGCACCUUCAUUUCGUUGUAUGUUGUACAAUGACAAUAAAGUUCUAUCUAUCUAUCUAUGCUUCUUGAUAUAAUUCAGUCACACUUUCGGUAAGAGUUUUAUUUAUUUUUCACAAUUUAAUUUAAUAAGAUUUAAUUACGACAUGACCAAGCUCCUUUUGAGCUUUGGGGUGUGUUUGGCCUUUUUUGGGACAACUUGUUGAAGCUGCAUCCCUGCUCCUUGGCAACAAUGACACUUCUCGCGAGAAUUGGGCUAUAGCGUUGUGGGGAGCGAAGAUCUUUGUGUUCAGGUAGUUUUCAAACAAUAAAGUACUGAAUUCGUCUACUUAAGAUAAACGCGCUUUACGAUAGUUGCAUUUGAAAGUUAAUAUGUUAGUCACGUUUUUUAACACACUAUCUUGGCGAAAAAAGAAACGAAUGACUACAACAUGACUUCCGCAUCCGUCCAUUUCGGCUUCGCGGGUCAACUCGAAAGGAAGAGUCGACGUUAUAUUUUGCCGUUGUAAUGGAAAACAUAUGUUUUAAGUAUGUUUGAUUAGAUAGUUCAAUCGUGUCGAUUACUUGUGUAAUCAUCCAGCAUGUCACUACUGUCCAGUGUGGAGCAGGCUAUCAAGUCAUGCAAAGCCGAACAAACCAGGAUUAAUGACAGUAUUCAACUCUACAGAGAACUAUUACAGUGUUUAACACCACAAACCAAGUCGGCUUUUCAUGAGUCAGAAUGUGCAGAUACGAUUGCUUCAGAGACAAAUACGUCACCAGGCGUGAAGGAAGAUAUAGAAUUGCUUGAGCGAGUACUGGAGAAAGCCCUUCAGGUCCGCACUGGCUCCAGAACUUCUACAAAGGACCCAGACAGACACAAGCAAUCUAGAACUCAAAAAGAAACAGGCUCUUCUAGUUCAGCAUCCAAAGACAUAGCGGUGUACAAAGGAAGUCAAACGACUGUCAGAUCGACAGCUAAAUCUGCCAGUGUUGAAAGAAAAGAGCACAAAAAACGUGGCGCAUCAGUGUCCUCCACGCUAGGCUCCAGGACAUCAGCUAACAAAAAUCAAGGACAUUCCAAAAUAACAAACAACAGAAGCAAACCACAGUUCUUGUCAGCCGAGGCUGUGCAUCACGGGGCAGCCAGGAAACUGCAGCAGGCUGGUUCAGUGUCUGUCGCUCCUGGUCGAAUCUCAGCCUUGCACGCUAAAAACAAGACUAUUAAAAGCAGUGUGCUGAGAGGUGAUGACCUGGGCAAAGCUGCAGCUAUCUCCACACCUUCUUCAAACAACCCAGGGCAUUUUUCACACACUGAUGUGGCUGGGGUGCAGGGUUUGCCUCAACAUGAUGGGAUAACAGAGCAGAUAACAAAAUGGAAAUCUUUAAGGAAGAAGGAAAACAGGUUGUGGGACAAAGUUAUUGCCCUACAAAGGAACCCUAUGCCUGGGAGGUGUCACUUCAUGGAGAGAAUGAGACUUACGUUCCCCAAGGAUCAGCCAUGUGGCAGUUCAGAGGAGACCAGAGUUCUGGUCGACAAGUUCGCUCACCCAGGGCGCCAUCUCACCAAUCUCUGCCAGACGGAGGAACUUCGGGCUAAAGGGAUCCCACGAGCAGCAACACAGCCCGGUACUGAAACAACCAAGUAUGGCUCCUCCUAUCUGACAUGUGAAAGGAUGUCGGCAACGCCAGCAGAACUCCAGAAGCACUUUGCACACCCAGUAAAACAAGAGGUGGAAGCAUGGGAUCGAUGGAGGCCAGAGGGAGCUCGUCUCUGUCCUAGUGGAGCAAAUAGUAUGUGGGAAGAUGAGUUGAUCUCACCGCUGCCCCCGACUAUAAGCUACACAACGGAGUCAGAGCUCCGAGAGCUGGAGAAGCUGAGGAUGCGGGUGGUGCUGCUGAAACAGGAGAUCAACCUCGAGCAGGCUCUGCUGGACACUCUGUCCCCUCAGCUCUCAUCCAUAGCACCUGGACCUGGAUGUCUCAACUACAGUGUGCUGAGAGACAUUUACUCCCUACUGGGGGAAGGAGGGGUGCGUUUCCCUGCCACAGUCCUGGACACUGAACCUGACUGACCCCACAAAGUACAGUAUUGCACUGAGUGACCAGUUUAUGAGGUUCUCUGCCCUGUCCCAUGUACAGUUUAUACAUAAAAUAUUAAAUCAGACACAGACCUCUCAGUUUCUUACAUUACAUUUCAUUAAAACUGGAGCAUUGCGUCGUUCAUCAUGUAUAUCAUCAUACUCUAUAUUGGACUAUAAUUCCUAAUUUACUGAUAAUUCAAGAGUAUAUGCAGUAUAUUUGUCUGUGGAUGAAUAAUCUAGGUCAUUAUUGUACAAUUCAAGCAAAUAUUGUGAUAAUUUUUCAUAUUUUGUGAAUGUCUGUGACUGAUUUUGACCUUUUUAAGUGGAAAAAUGGAUAUGACACAUCACAAAUGUGAUAUAUUAUUUUCAGAUCAUUUAUUUAGUGUUUGGUUUUUUGCAUCAAUUAUUCAUAUCUCUUAUUCAGGUGAGGUUUGUGGGGGCAGCUGGAGUCCAGUCCCAGCUGACAUCAGAGAGUGUUUUGUUUAAAUGGUUGGUUUGCCUCUAUCAGCAUUGCCAACACUUAACUAUAUCAUAAUUUGCAUUUUUAAUAUAUACAGUAGCAUUAUCUUUAAUUGAAAAAAAUAAUAAUAAUUAAGGUCAAGGAUCGAGCCUUCCUAACUCAGCCUGUGCCAGUAGGUGGCACUCAACUCACAGAGGACAUAACCACAAAGCACAUAAGCAAGGGACUAAUACAUGAGUAGUACAGUGGUAAAUAAAAAUCAAUAAAAGGAAGGAAAAGGAAAUAAAAUAAUGUGUGUUAGCUAUAAUAUAGAGCUGCAUUUCUCCAUAAUGAUAGCUUUGAUCUGCAUGUUGCGGGUUUUAUAAUCUGGCAUAUGGUGAAAAAUUGCACAUAUGGGGCUAAUACUACAUCUGUGAUCUGUGAGAUAGGCUUCUUAUGGUUUUUUCCCCGCAGCAAAUGUGAUGUGAGGGUGUAUGUGAGACACAGGGAAGCCAAAAAAGCCUUGUGCCCAAAGAUGCCAUGUGGAUGACACAAACUGUUCCAGACUGGGCGACAGGUGGCGCUGGGCUCACACAGCAGGACGUGGGUGUUUGAGCCCUGCUGCACCAAACCUCAUCUACACAUAAAUGUAGGGACACGCACAACCAAAGCUGUACGAGUCAGGGGAACAAUGCGCUUGAAGGCUUGGCUCUCGUUUGCCCGAGGAGAGAAUAAAAAGGACCAUUUCAACCUUAGAUUGUCUUCUACUGGGGUCUUGGAGAACAUGAAAACAAUAAUACAAACAAAUGCGCCUGGCUUAAAUAAAAUAUCCACUCCAACUUUUGCAAGGCCUCCGGUGUCUCACCACUUGAUAGAUUGUCGUCUCUACAUCCUCACAUAACCUAAACAGACUGCAUUAUGCUGAAAAUCCAGCUGCAAGCCUUCUCUCUCACAAGUACUCCCAUGAUCACAUAGCCCCUACACUCCAACAGCUUCACCGUCUCCCUGGUAGUGCUACUGCAUUUAUAUCAACAAUCUGGCUGGUCCAUACCUCUCAAACCUCUACCACCCCCACAUACCAUCUCGCUCAUUACGCUCCUCUGUCACCCAUCUUCACUUCAUUCCACCCUGUGGCUCUGCUCUGCACUAUGGGUGACAGGACUUUCACUGUGGCUGGUCCUAGUCUGUGGAAUGUGUUAAUGCACCUCACCUAAAAAACACAGCCUUUUCAUGAUACGCCAUCAUUUUCCACCGUGGGGUAAUUGCUUCUACCAUACUGAUGUAUUUGUGGUACUGUUUAUUUCAUUAGGGUAGCAUUUUAUCAUUCAUUCAUGAAUUACUGUUUUAAAUGCUUAUUCUGUGUCCAAGGGUGUCUUGAAAGGCACUUCAAAUAAAAUGUAUUCUUAUUUA